AUGUGUGGAAGGACUGCGUGCACUCUUGCUCCGGAUGAGGUGAGCCGAGCCUGCUCGUACAGAAACCGGCGUGGGCAGCGGAGACAGCCUAGUUGGAGGGAGGGUAACGCGGACAAAUACCGACCCUCCUACAACAAAAGCCCCCAGUCCAUGAGCCCUGUGCUGCUGUCACACAGGCACUUUGACAAGAAUGCACCUGUGGAUGAGUGUGUUUUGGUUUCCAUGCGUUGGGGCCUGGUCCCUUCCUGGUUUAAGGAAAAUGAUCCAAGCAAGAUGCAGUACAGCACCAGCAAUUGUCGCAGUGACAACAUCCUGCAGAAAAAGACUUAUAAGGACCCUUUACUGAAAGGACAGCGCUGCGUCAUCCUCGCCGAUGGCUUCUAUGAGUGGAGGAGGCAGGAGAAAGAGAAGCAGCCAUUUUUCAUCUACUUCCCUCAGACUCACCGGUCCUGUGAGGAGAAACAAGAUCCUGUCAAUGAGUCAGCAGAGCAGGCAGAAGAACCAUCAGAUGAGUGGACAGGCUGGAAGUUGUUGACCAUGGCAGGACUAUUUGACUGCUGGACACCUCCAUCUGGUGGUGACCCCCUCUACACCUACAGUGUAAUCACUGUCAACGCUUCCCCCAAUCUGCACAGCAUCCAUGACAGGAUGCCAGCCAUCUUGGCCGGAGAGGAGGAUGUAAGGCGGUGGCUUGAUUUUGGCGAGGUGAAAUCUGUGGAUGCUUUGAAACUGCUCCAGUCAGAAGACAUAUUGACCUAUCAUCCCGUCUCGUCGCUUGUCAAUAAUUCUCGCAACAACUCUCCGGAGUGCCUUCAGCCUGUAGAUCUCAACCAGAAAAAGGAGCCCAAGGAGACAGCUAGCAGCAAGAUGAUGAUGAGCUGGCUGGCGAGUGGCUCUUCAAAGAGGAAGGUGUCGGAUGCCUGCAAGAGUCAGGAGAAGGACACGGACAAGAAAGACACUCCCAGGAAGUCUACUGGGGCACUUCAACAGUGGCUGCAAGGAGCCAACAAAAAAUCAAAAACCUAGUAAAGCAGAGUUACUGGAUUUCUGUCAUUCUUUUAAUCAAUUCUAAUGGGACUAUAUACUGUUCAAUGAUUAGAUGUUCAAAUAAAGUUUUAGAAAUAAA